AUGACAGUCAAUCUGCUCACUGAUGCAUGGAAAAAUGAAGCUAAAUCCUUAAUUAAAAAUGGCAGUUUAGUUGUAACUGGACGGUGUUUUCUGGACUUACGAAGUUGCAUGAAGGUUGGAAUGUGGGAUCUGUUGCUACUGACAACGCCGAAAAUUGUGUUAGUGCGCGAAGAAUCUUGGCUCUACAAUGGCCGACGAUAA